GCUAUGCCAAGCACAAAGCGAGUGAGGUAGUAGGUACUAUGAACCCAAUACAAAGUCUAGUUUGUAUGCUCUUCCCGAUUGCAUUAAAACGAGAUAGCGCGACAACAGCCCAGCGUUGACUGUCUCAUCACUGACGUUUAAAAUGCCUCUCCCUCUGCUGUAAUAGUCGACACUUCUCAUCCGUACGCACGAACGUAGGAAAUAAUAACAUGCACAGUGGUGUUUGUACACAAGGAGUGCUCGUUCGUUUAGUUAGAAUGGUUUGAUCGCAAAAAUCCAGUGCUCAAGUUUUAAUUUCGCCGCGUUUUAACCUUGGAUUUACUCUUUAUUGGAUCACGUUUGAAGGCUACCCACUCACGCGCUGGCGAGAGUUUGAUGAUUUUCAGUUAGGCUACUGGAAUUACUAAAGUCGUUCACAUGUUGAACGCCAAAGUAGAUUCGGUUCCUCUUCUUCAAAUCGAUACCGUUGUUUCCGUACAUGGCACUUUACGUAUUUGAUGGCGAUGGCGGCAGUUUUGUGGAACUUCAGUGCUGGCUGUUUGCUUUCUGGAAGUUUUGAUCAAGGACAUAUUUUGUAGGACAGUUCACAAGGAGUUGCGUGAACUCAUAAUUGACGCAAACUUUUGCUGCCAGCAGUCGUGUGUUCACUUGCAUCGGAGUGAAGCGCAACAGGAAAGUGCUCUGGACCUUUCCCUUGUAAAUAAAAUAUGACUUCUGUGUGGAAAAGAUUACAACGUCACGGCAAAAAAGCCACCAAAUUUCAGUUUGUCGCGUCUUAUCAAGAACUUGUUUUGGAAUGUACAAAAAAAUGGCAACCAGACAAACUGCGAGUGGUAUGGACCAGAAGGAACAGACGAAUCUGCUCCAAGCUUCAUGGGUGGCAGCCAGGCAUAAAGAAUCCGUACAGAGGCAUGGUGGUCUGGCCUGUACCUGAAAAUGUGGACAUCACUGUGACACUCUUCAAGGACCCUCAUGCGGAUGAAUUUGAAGAUAAAGACUGGACAUUUGUCCUUGAGAAUGAGUCCAAGGGCCACCGGAAAGUUCUGGCCUCGGCCGACAUCAACCUGAAGAAGUUCGCCAGCCCGACACUGACACAAACGGACCUAACGCUGAAGCUGAAGCCGCUGUCGGUGAAGGUGGUGGAGGCCACGCUGAAGCUCUCGCUCUCCUGCGUCUUCCUCCGCGAGGGCAAAGCCACUGAUGAUGACAUGCAGAGUCUGGCCAGUCUGAUGAGUGUGAAACCCUUGGACAUCGGGAACCUGGAUGAUUUUAACGAAAGUGAUGAGGAUGAGGACAAGCGAUCCAGUACUGGAGCCUCCAUCGGUGCUGCAGCACCUCCUCCACCUGUGUGCCCAGUGCACAGCCAAGAAAAGAAAUCUGCUUUUGUAAAGCCUUUCCCAAUAGCCAGUGAGAAAGAGAGGGCUGGCCGUGGCACCCCUUUCCGUCUCCCUGGCACAUUCACUAACCCUGAUACCCCGUCACGCCCUCCAUUGCCCACCCCGCCCUCACCCCGUGGCAGACCUCCGCGCCCACUCAACCCUCCCGGGCUGCCAGCGCGCCCCUCCCCUGACCCUCACUCCACUGCAGCUGCUUUCGGGGCCCAGCCCCCGUCACUGCCCAAAAUCUUCCAGCCCUCUUCUGGCACAGUGCCUGUCUCUUUCCCACGGACACCUCCAAAGCCCCAGACAGUCCCUGCUCUGAGCCCUGUGGCCCCCGACUAUCCUCAAAUCAGACCCUGUGGCUCAUCUUUCGCUAAAUCCACCUCACUUCCUCUCUCUCAGCCUCCCUCACUUCCUGCUGCUGCUUCCACUAAAGCUCGCUCAAACAUCUUCAAGGCCAAAAUAGUUCCUGGUCAGCGGCCCUCCUCCCCCACACUCUGCCCUCCACCCCCGUCUGACGCCCCCCUCUCGGAGCGCACCGUCUCCCUGGCCACCCUCUCACAGAAAGCCCCCACCCUCCUGAAGAUCCUCUCCACUGGCCCAGAGCCAGCCAUCCAUGCAGUGCUGGUCCCACCGAGUGAGCGGAGGGCAAGCGCUGCCCCAUCCUGUGCCCCUCUCCCGGGGCAGGGUCCCAGCCCUGGCCUCUCCUCCGCCUUCUUCUGUCCCCUUCCCACUGACCUUGUAGCACCUGUCCCCUUACUAAUCAGCCCCAACCUGGAGGCGCUGUGUGACCCUUCCUCCUCCUCUUCCUCCCCCUCUGCUUCUCCCGCCUCUUCUCUGCUCUCGCUCUCUCCUCGCUCACCUUCGCUGCCCUCCACGGACCUCUCCUCCAUGUCCCCUCUGCCCUGUCUUGACCCCUCCCUGCCUUGCUCGGCCCCCGCCUCUGCUCCAGAGUUCUCUGUCUCGCCUCUUGCUACGCUCACUGCUCCACCUUUAUCUGCUCCGCCCUUAUCUGCUCCUGCUGGCUUUGCUUCUGCUACCGCCACCAUCUCCACCUCCCCUGACUCCAUCAGAGUUGGCCAGUCAGAAAUGCACAGGGAACUGAGCACACUAACAGAGGAAGAACAACCAGGUUUACCUACACGUGAUCCAUUGACGAAGCUUGGAGCUCAGGGUUCCGAUGCCAAGCCUUUAACUCUGACCUGCGGGGAUGAGUCUCAACGCUCCUCUCGCUCUGUCGGCAGCAUCAGCAUUGCUAACCAGCAAUCCUCGCCAUCUCUGCCCAGCACAGACCAGGAGAAGAGAGGGAUGCCAACCGUGCACACACGUGUCACCAUAGACACAACCAAAGACCUUGGGCAGGGAGCUUGCCCGGCAGCAGCUGAAGACCAGGGACCCAAGGCAAUUUCAGCUGAUGUCCCUCCUCCCUGGCCUUUCUCUGCCCCUGACAGGUCACCGGCAGCUCCAAGUACCGUAGUCACCAAAAAUAUCCAAAAUCCAACCACAGAUGUCUUUGUGGUGGAGAAGCCACCACUGGCGGAAGAGGAGCCUGAUUUCAAGGAGCCGGCCACAGAGACAGAAAAGCCCAGUCAACCAGUUAAAAUCAAUGCAAAGGUGUCAUCAACAGACAAAACACCUCUUGUUUCAGAAAAACCACCACUGGCUGAGCCAGAGCCAGAUUUAGAGAACACUCAUUGUAAGGCACUAGUCAUCCCAGUGCUGCCUGGGGGCGUUAAAGCGAAGCCUGAACUUAAAAAAGAGUCUGAAAUCCCUGCGGGAAUAAAGAAACUUGAUAAAUUAAUCCUUGAGAGAGCACUACCCCCUAGUGCUGACCUCAACAGAUCAGACGAAGACAAGGAAAAGAUGAAAAACCUGUCAGCCCUUUCUCCCAUGAUGGAGUCUAGCACUGCUGGGCCUGGGGUAGCAUCUAGUAAUCAGCCGGAUGUUGCCCCAAAGACAAAUAUCUCAAAAGAAAAACGACCUCCAUGGGUUGAGCAAAUAUUUCUCCCCAGUGAAGAAAAGGGCUCCAAAGACAGUGAUCACAAACAAAUGCCUGAAAGAUUCCCCCAAUUUGACUCAAAGGUGGUGGAACACAUAAAUGCCAAUGAGAACAAACGCACUCAGGAGCUAAGGCCAGGACUGGUGAUGCAAGACUAUAAACAGAAGAAUGCAACUGAUAUUGUUGAUGAUGAAGGCUUAAGAGAAAUGGCUUCAACAGUCGAGUCCCUUCCACUAGCAAGUAAACAGGGCACUAGCAAAAAAGUGGAAGAUUCCCAAAAGAGUGCUGAGUUGGCAAAACAGGCAGUCCAAACAGAACAGCCCAGUCAACCCAAAAGCAAAGACACCCAUGCCAACAAUUUACCCAAGUCCCUGGACCUUCUACCCUCAGCCACAAAAUCCACUUCAGAGAAUUCACAGUGUACAGAACCUGGUAACAGCGAGAUAACCAUGAAAAAGUCUGUAAAAGACAAAACAGGAACAGUCAAUUUGGAUAUGCUAGCCUCGAAACAGGAAGUAGUCCGUACUGAACGUCCUCUCUGGGCUGCCCUGGAAGAGAAGAGUAAGGGAUCUGUACCAUUGGUAAUUAAGGAGACUGUUCCUGAUAAGUUGCCUGAUGGUAAACAGGAGAACUUAGAUAUGGUCUCAGCUCCAUCUGAACAGGAAUCCAUAGACACAAGACCAAUCAAAUCCAUACCUGUCCUAUCACAUGCCAAAAAGGCAGAAGUCAAGAAGCUUGAGGGUGACCCAAAAGAUCUCAAGUCCUCACCCUCUGCUCAGCUGGAGAUCCCAUCUCGCAAAUCCAGUCAACUAGAUAUCCUGUCCUCUGUUGGAUCCCAACCUCCUGCUCCCGAAACUAGUACCAAGGGAGCAAAGCUACCGUUAGAGAAGCUCUUACCAGCCAGCGCUAGUCUGCCUUCUCCAUUUGGGGCAGAGCAUAGUGAGUCAGAGUCAGAGGAUUGGAAGCCUCUUCACAUAGUGGAGACUCCCACUGAAGAAGAGAGACCACUAUGGGCCGCUGUAGAGGACAAAGCCAAAGAUAGAGGCAAAGAGGCAGAGGGCCCAAGCUCCGGCUCACUGCAGGGUACCAGUGUUUCCCCGGGAGGGGGAAGGACUGAACAAGAGGCAGUUCUUCAGAAGAAGACACAAAAGACGACUUCUUGCAUCUCAACAUCUUUGGACAUAUUAGACAAGAAUACACCCAAGUUGCCAAUGGCCUACAAAACAUCAACUGAUAGUGCCCCACCAAACACUUCUCAAACUGCUUCUUACUUUGAGCUGUCAGCUGAGAAAUUUAAUCCAGAUAGCACAGGCAGACCCAAAAAACCCUCACCUGAACCAGGUAUUAAAUCUACCUCCUUAGAUCAGCAGGUUAACGUUAGUGAUGAGAUCAUAAAUCAGAAACACAAAGACUCUGAAUUAGCUGCUCCCAGAGAGUGUAUUGGAGUGUUGGAGACAGAGGAGUCAAGAGAAGCAACCAAGGAGAUAUCAGAGGAAUCCGAUGUCCUAGCCAGGGAAGACGAUGACCCCUCCGUGGGGUUCAUGAGCACUAUAGUGGGUGUUCUGUAUAAAGGUUAUGAGACGGUGACCUCCAUACUCCAAUAUGUCCCCUCUGAACCUGACCGUGUCAGUGUUGAUGGAUCAAGCAUUCACGAAAGCACAGAGAUCGACAUCCUCCCACCUGAGGAGUUUUGCGACGCUCUAGAGGAUCCCCUGUCUGAGGACGAAUGGCUAGAACCCCCAGAUGUGUUGCCGUCAGUAGUCAAGGAGCGGAGCAUUCAUAAAACCAAGCUCGUUCCGAGCGGUAGGCCUCCCUCCAUUAGUCUGGUAGAGAGUCUGCGGAAGGCUGCCUCGGAGGAAGCGAAAGCUAGAGGUGAAUCAUAUGAACAGCAGCCCAACGAUGACAAGAAGACAACGGUGCCCAGAGAUAAAGAGAGUGAACAUCUAACCACUGCAUUUUCUAAAGCGAAAGAAAACAGAGAAGUAUCUGUGAAGAGCAAUAAUAAGGCUGAAGAUCAGCCUCCAGUGAUAGCAACAGACCUGGGUCAAAUAGCUUAUGAAGAGCUCACAGAGAGAAAAACAGAGGAAGAGCCUUUUGUAGGGAGGAGGUAUAAAGAAAAGUGGGGGAUAAACAAACAGAUUCAUUCCACCAACAGCCUGGAAAACUUGAAUGAAUUGGAGUUUGUUCAAGGCCAUGAAGACAUUGGCACAGUUUGGGAGCUGGAUUUGUACAUGGACAGGGGCUCAGAGCAAAGCCCUGUGCCUGCAGCACCACAGACUGGUUUUCUCACUCCCUUCACUCCUACUGGCUCCCUCACAAAGCAUAAGCCACCAUCAACUGAGCUGUGUGUGGCACCACCACAGUCAGGCGCAGAGAUCAGAUCAGGGCAAGGGGCCAGCUCUGUGGACUCCCAUAUCCUACCCGACCUGAGCAAGACUCUAGCAGAAAAAGACAGUCCUCUGCCAGAGGUUGACACUGUCAGGUCUUCUCCUCGUGUGAAAAAACAGAAAAACAUCUCCAUGCCAAUGCCACUCCAGGAGGUAGGAUCAAGUGUAACCGUGAAAGAUACACAGUCCACCGAGGAGCCUGAAAGGCUAGUUUCACCUCAGCAUGGCAAAAAGAACAAGCCCAGCCCUUUAAACCUAGAGAGAGAAACCUCACCAGAAUGUGGUCUGCAGUCUGAAACAGUCCCUGAAGCAGUUGAGAAUAAGUGUUGUGAAAAGGGCAACAGCGCGUCAGAGACGACAGUAAAUCAAGUGGAUAAAGAAGCCAGGAGAUCUCCCGUCCUCGCCAUGGCAACCACACCCUUGGCCAGUGUGCUUGUAACAGCCCGAGAGGCCCAUGAUGAAAAGACAUUCCAGGAGGGGAAGGAGGCAGAGGAGACUGUUUCGGGAAGAGACGUCUCUCCAAAAAGCUCCGUGGUACCCUGGCCACUUCCCCCCUCUCCGUCUGAGGAGGCAGCCCCCCAAAACGUCUCCAGUCUGUCCGAGGAGGAGAACGCGCUGCUGGCCAAGAUACUUCAGAUGGGACGGGAGUCACCGGAGCCGCCCGAGUCCGAGCCUGUCCCCCGCACCAGGAAGCGGCUUGCUUACAUCGCCCCGGACGUUGCCUCCACUCCUAGCCCCCCACCGACACCACAGCCAGAAGUGAAGCCGGGCCUGGACGAGACUGAGAAAUCUCCCACCGCCCCUGAAGUAACAGAGGGAAAAGACAGCCCUGUCCCAAAUACGACAAUCCGCCAGGAAACCAGCAAAGAUGGUGGGCAUGAGAGCGUGGGGCCUGCUUUGGAUGAGAAGGUGAAGGAAAUCAAAACUGAGCCCUCUCUCUCGACCCCUGAUUUGUUGUUGAAUACCCUCCCGGCAGUGACUAUCCUAGAGGCUAGAUUCGAGAAGACGACCGGUGACAUAUCCCCCUCGUCUCAGACCACUGGGGAAGAAAACCUCAGUGUGGAAAAGCCCAAGGACACUGUUGAAAGUGCAACCGUUUCAGGCACAGAGGUUAGCAACGAUGGUGCUGAGAACAAGGACAGUUCUGAAGCAGCAGCCCAGGUUUCUCCUAGCAGCGACAUCUUAAACAGAGACAAGGAUCAGGGGACAGGGACUGAACUGGGUGUUGUGGAGGAAGAGGAAAAACAGGUAGAGAAGGAGGAAGAAACUCACACAGAGAAUGUCAUGGAAGAAUUCCCCAGAUCUCUGCAGGUGAUUAAGGAGGAACCUUCGGACCCCCAGGUGUCUUCUGGCCCAGAUUACCAGCCUGCUGAUAAUAUAGUGGAGUCUCAGACCAAUGGCCAGGGUUCACUGGAUACGACUCCCUCCGUUACGGGUGCACCACCAGCUCUGGAACCUCCCAAGCGCAAUAAGAAGAAGACCGUCCCUCCUCCAGUAGAUCUUCAGGAGGUGGGAGAGACUGAUGGGAGCACCACUGAGGCCUUGCUUCAAGCCCAGCAGAUUUCCAACCCCAUGAUCAGCCCUGCUUUGGUCAACUCCAGUCAGUCUCUGCUAGAGUGGUGUCAAGAGGUCACUAAGGAGAACAAAGGAGUGAAGAUCACUAACUUCAGUACAUCUUGGCGUAAUGGCCUGGCCUUCUGUGCUAUCCUUCAUCACUUUCACCCUGACAAAAUAAACUUUGAAAUGCUGGAUCCCUACGAUAUCAAAUCAAACAACAAAAAGGCCUUUGAUGGGUUCGCUGCUCUGGGCAUCGCCCGCCUUCUGGAACCUUCCGACAUGGUCCUCCUCUCCGUCCCGGACCGGCUGAUCGUGAUGACGUAUCUCUGCCAGAUCCGCGCCCACUUCACGGGCCAGGAGCUGAGUGUGCUGCAGAUCGAGAAGAACAGCAGCCAGACCAGCUACACGGUGGCCGAGCCCAGCAAGGACUCUGACGCGGACGCCACCGCCCGCUUCUGCGCCCAGCGACUGCAGGCUGGCACGAUGCUGACGGCCGAGGGUGAGGAUGGCACUGACGGAACAGCCAAGCCCGCCACAAACCUGGUGGCACCGCCGCGGACUAAGCGCUUAAGCUCAAGAGAGAGAGAGGAGAAGGCCAACAGGGAAGGUGGCGAGGCAGAGGGAGAGGGGCAGACACCGGUGGCCCCUCCCAGACCGAACGCGUCCGCUGCCAAGUCAGGCUUUGGCCAUGUGCGAGAUGCUGACCUGGUCAAGAAGCGUCGUCUGCGGAUGAAGAGCGAAUCCUUAGAUGAAGCAGAUGGAGUAGAGCCUGGGUCUCCCAAAGGAGAUGAGGUUUCUAAAGGCGAGGGGAAAAAUGGCUUCACAGCUGGGAAAGAGUCGACAGAGCACAGCAAGGAUAAGAGAGAAACUGACGAAGAUACUCUGCGCCUGCAGGACACAAGUCAGUAUGUAGUGAGUGAACUGCGAGCUCUGGAGAACGAGCAGAAGCACAUCGACAACAGAGCCGCCAUAGUGGAGAGGAGACUACGAUGGCUAAUGGAGACAGGCAGUGAUCGUGAUGAGGAGGAGAGGCUGAUCCAAGAAUGGUUCAUUCUUGUGAACAAGAAAAAUGCUCUGAUUAGGAGACAAGACAACCUGGAACUCAUGCAGGAGGAACAGGAUUUGGAGAGACGAUUCGAACUAUUAACCAGAGAGCUCAGAGCCAUGAUGGCUAUUGAGGAUUGGCAGAAGACACAGGCACAGCAGCAUAGGGAACAGCUGCUGCUGCAGGAGCUGGUGUCACUGGUGAACCAGCGUGACGAGCUCGUGCGGGACAUGGAUGCUAAAGAGAGAGGGGCCGUGGAAGAAGAUGAGCGCUUGGAGCGAGGUCUUGAGCUAAGGCGACGGAAGUACAGCAAUAAGGAAAAGUGUGUGCUGCAGUGAAGGAACUCUGUGGAAAAGUGUGUGCUGCAGUGAAGGAACUCUGUGGGAAUGAGAAUAUUUUGUGUCAGUGCUCCUAUCUCACACUCCAACUGAAACCCAUAAUUUUAAGAUCAAGACCCAAGUCCUCAAGAUCAGAAAAAAUGGAAAUGUGUCAUUCUAAUUCUGGAUGUUAUGUGGGUUUUCAGAAAUGUUGCAAUUUGGAAAUGAAAACUACCACAGUAUUUUUCAAACACACAAUAUGUUUUUUUAUUGUUACAGGACAGACCUUGUAAAAUAUUUUGGGAGAUUACAAGAUUACACACUGUAAUGUGCUAUCCCUCGUAACUGUACAACAUGAUAACAUUGUGCAUUUCUCUUUGAAACCUGCCUACUUAGAAAUGAGGGGAAUAGCAUGACAAAUUCACUAUGGACCUUGGAAUCAUCAAGUGUCUGGAACGUGAGUGAAAUGAAUGUGACCUCAGAAGUAUUUAAUUCAUCACAGCCUUGUGAUGGAUGUCAUCUAUACAGCAAGACUCCUCUAGUGGAAGUCUCUUAAAAAGCUGCUCUUUUUUUUCUCUCUCUCUCUCUCUCUCUCUCUAUUCUAAGUGUCCAUUGUAACCAAAGCUGUUUGUAUAGCAUUUACUUCCCACAUUGCACUUUGCAAAUACAGUUUUAAUCUGGUUCUUCUGAACUUUGUUGUUAUGUGUGUUUAUCACUGGACCUUGAUAUCGACUUUAUGACAAAUAUGACAAAUGUUAGUCAGCUGGAUAGCAUCUUUGUGUGCAUCUGGGAGGGAAUACAGUGUUUUCAUUCAUGGAAUAAAUUUAACAUUCUUAAUGUCCCUCUCUACAAAAGAAGAAUAUAACUAUAAAAUAUGAGGAGACACAUCUACAUUUUCAUUUUGUACCAGCUUCUUUAAUUGGUAAACUUCUAUAUUUUAAUUUGAAGAACACGUCCUUUCUUGAACCAAAGAGACCUCUAAGACUACUGCCUGUGGCAUAGCAAUAUUUGUUACAUCUAAAGAUUAUUGUCAUAAUUGUUUUAGACUUAAUUAUUCUGUUUCUGAACUUUUGCCAGUUUUACUUACAAAUGACAAACUAUUAUUUUAAUACAUGUGAUGUUGGCAAUUUAUUCAAAACAUUGUCUCACAAUUACAGAAUAACAAUCUAAAUAUGGUAUUCACGUUUCACAAAAAGUCAUUUUUUAUAACCAUCUUACUGGAGUUUAUUUGUCUUUGUUCUUAGAUUGUUUAAAAACAACACAGAAUGAUUUGAGGUAUAUUAAUCCUCUACGCCUUUUGUCAUUCUGUGGUACUGUUGUCAUGUGUUUGAAAUGUUUGAAAUUAAUAAAGUUGGAUUGUUUUUAAAACUAAA